AUGUUGUCAAGACAGGUUAUCACAGCCUUGCGCAAUGCUAAGGUGAGUAUUUUUUUGAAUUUCUGGUACAUGUUUCGGUUUAAUUUAAUACCUAAAAUAAUCUUUAUGUUUUAUUAAAAUUUUUUUAAAUACAGGUGCCACAAAGCGCAUUCUCUACUUCAUCCAGAGUUUCGGCUGCUGGCGCUGAAGUCUCGAAGAUCCUAGAGGACAAGAUCCUUGGCCAAGAAGGCAAUGUCAAUCUCGAAGAAACCGGUAAAGUAUUGUCUAUUGGUGACGGUAUUGCCCGUGUUUAUGGUUUGAAGAACAUCCAAGCUGAAGAGAUGGUGGAAUUCGACUCUGGCAUGAAGGUAAUAUAUUGAUUUUGUUUUUUACAGAUUUUAGAUAUUAUAUUAGCUCUCUUGAUUAAACAAGUGUAUGCUUUAGGGAAUGGCUCUUAACUUGGAACCUGACAACGUUGGUGUUGUAGUAUUCGGUAACGACAAAGUUAUCCGUGAAGGUGAUGUCGUCAAAAGAACUGGAUCUAUUGUCGACGUCGCUGUCGGACAGGGUCUUCUUGGCCGUGUCGUCGACGCUUUGGGUAACCCUAUCGACGGAAAGGGCCCCGUCCAGGACACCAAGCGUUCUCGUGUAGAAGUUAAGGCUCCAGGUAUUAUCCCUCGUAUUGGUGUACGUGAACCUAUGUUAACUGGUGUUAAGGCCGUCGACAGUUUGGUCCCAAUUGGAAGAGGACAACGUGAAUUGAUCAUUGGUGAUCGUCAAACCGGGUAUGUUUUGUCUAGUCUGCUUUUUUACGAUUUUUACAUUGAGUCUAUUAUUAAUUUUUCUUAUAAUUAUAUUUUUUUUAAUUAAUUUGUUUUUAGAAAGACUGCCAUUGCUAUUGACACCAUCAUCAACCAAAAGCGUUUCAACGAUGCUGGAGACGACAAGAAGAAGUUGUACUGUAUCUACGUCGCUAUUGGCCAAAAGAGGUCUACUGUUGCUCAAAUUGUAAAGCGUUUGACUGAUGCUGACGCCAUGAAGUACACCAUCAUUGUUUCUGCUACCGCUUCAGAUGCCGCUCCACUUCAAUUCUUGGCUCCAUACUCUGGCUGUGCUAUGGGAGAAUACUUCCGUGACAAUGGAAAGCACGCUCUGAUCAUCUACGACGAUUUGUCUAAGCAAGCCGUCGCUUACCGUCAGAUGUCUUUGCUUCUUCGUCGUCCUCCAGGUCGUGAAGCCUACCCUGGUGAUGUCUUCUACCUUCACUCCCGUCUUUUGGAACGUGCCGCCAAGAUGAACGAAACUCACGGUGGUGGAUCUUUGACUGCCCUUCCAGUUAUUGAAACCCAAGCUGGUGAUGUGUCCGCCUAUAUCCCAACCAAUGUAAUUUCUAUUACUGACGGACAGAUCUUCUUGGAAACUGAAUUGUUCUACAAGGGUGUUCGUCCGGCCAUUAACGUCGGUCUGUCUGUAUCCCGUGUAGGAUCUGCUGCCCAAACUAAGGCUAUGAAACAGGUAAGAAUAGAGUACGAUUUUUGAUUCUAUCUGUUUAGGUCGCCGGUUCCAUGAAGCUGGAGUUGGCCCAAUAUCGUGAAGUAGCUGCCUUUGCCCAAUUCGGUUCGGAUUUGGAUGCUGCCACUCAACAACUGUUGAACCGUGGUGUUCGUUUGACCGAGUUGCUCAAACAAGGCCAAUACGUGCCAAUGGCCAUUGAAGAACAAGUAACUGUAAUCUACGCCGGAGUAAAGGGACAUUUGGACAAGCUCGACCCCGCUCACAUCACCAAGUUCGAGAAGGAGUUCUUGACCCACAUCAGAGCUAAUUGCCAAGACCUGCUGAAGACAAUUAGAGAAGAAAGUCAGAUCUCUCCUCAAACCGACGAGAAACUGAAAAGCUUGGUCACUUCAUUCCUUGCUGGUUUCAAAGCUUAG